AUGUCCUUCGAGGCUCUCCAGUGGCACUGUGUGCUCGCUUCUAUAUGGAUCUCAGCUGGUCUUUUCUGCGUCCCCAUUCUCGGUGUUUACCAUCUUACGGCGACUCUCGUGUCUGCCUACCACCUUAUUCUCAACGUGAAGAACGUCGUCAGCGAAAGUCUUCUGCAGGAUGUUCUAAAGGAUGUGCACAAGACGUCUACGAAUCGUGACGGAUUGCGCGAGGAAGCCUCAGCAGGUCAUGGACUCGAGCGAUCUACUGGGAAGAUCCAUGCUGGCCAUUGUCCGACUCCCUUGAUACGCCAAUUGUCAUCGUCUGCUCACGGCUCGUCUCCGGCUAUGACCUACUCUCUCGAAAGCCCCUGCCUUGGCGCACCGCUCCCUACUAAGCUAGUCUACGGAAUCGCACCAUGGGAUUCGUCUCGGAACCCCGAGCCCAACUACCUGUACACUAUGGCCGAUGUCGUUCGCUUUGGCGAUAUGGUGAUCGCUCUGGAGCCAGGCGAGCAGUCGUAUCCGCUGAGAAGGAGGGGUGCCAUGAAGUUCAAACGACUGGUCAGACGGGAAUCCGAGGACACUGCGGGCAGUACAUCGUCUAACAGCCAUGAAGACGCGUCCAUUGGGUCGCGCAUGCGCGUCACCUUCGCUAUUGACUCAGAAGCUCCUUCGUUGCUUGGAUCGGACGGGUCGUCCCACACCGCUGAGCAAGACCACCCACUGGCCCAGCGACCCUAA